CCCACUCCCAACCAACGUGCGUACACCACAUACCCUAUAUUAGUAUAUAUAAACAACCUUCUACUGCACAUCUUUCUAAGAUUAACAAUAAUAAUCUCUCUUAGUUAGCAUCAAAUCCGCCAUUUCAUCUCCCUAAGAGAUUAUUAUUGUAAUUGUAAUAACAACAAUAAUAAUGGCGGAGAAUAGGAAGAAUGUGUCAGGUGACCGGCGGCAGUCGGGUCGGUUGCAGAAGAAAGCGCCGGCAUCGAUUCAGAUUAAUCGCGCCAGGGACUGGAAUGUGGCUAUACCGCUUCUAUCGCCGUUGGUUACCUCGCCGGCUUCCAACGAUUUGACGGCCGCAGCAGAUAAAUUGUGUUCGAAUUCGAGCAGGGAGAAGAAGGGCGAGGCUAGAGAAGCGGAGAAGACUCCGGUGACGGGCUUUAAGGAGUGGCAGCAUCCGGCAGCUCCGUUUUCCUUCGAGCCGGCUCCGUUUGUGAAGUUUGUUUCCACCGGAAACGCCGAUAGAUGAUCUUAGAUCUGAGCGCCGCCGCCCGGCCAAUUCUAGUAUUUUUCUCUCUGUUUUAGGUUUCUUAUCUUAUUUUUUGUGUGCCUGGCGGAAGUACAUAUUUAGCCCUAUAAUGAAUGCCUUCGUUUCCAUAUUUUAGCCAACUUGGAAGGAAUUUAUCACAGCUAGACUACAGACUGAAUUGAAUCCAGCUACUUUACUAAACUAACGAAGAAUUGAA